CUCUAAGAGCGUGCAACUUCAAGGCACCACGAGUAAAAUGCAAAAAACUAAAACCAAAACAAAAUCAAAACCGAAGCUACUGGUCCCAGCUGAACCUAUGCACGUGGACAGUGAUGCGGCUUCAGACGAGAAGGUCCAAGAGGAGGCAAGUGCAUCGGAGGACGAGGAUGAAAUGGACUUGGCCAAUUUCAAACCAAGCUCCGCCGCCACUGCUCAGAAAAAGAAACGCAAGAAAGGCAUUAUUUACAUAUCAAACAUACCCAGGCACAUGAACGUGACGCGCAUGAGGGAGAUCCUGGGGGAGUGCGGCAAGAUUGGACGAGUCUACCUGCAGCCAGAGAAGCAGUCAAGUGACAGGGCAAAGAAGAACAAGCGUAAGCGAUAUAACAUUCACUUCACCGAGGGCUGGGUGGAGUUCGAGUCGAAGCGUGUGGCCAAACAAAUUGUACCUCUGCUGAACAACAAGCAGAUCUCGACGCGCAAGAGCUCUCAGUUCUACGAUUCGCUGUGGAGCAUGAAGUACUUGCCGCGUUUCAAGUGGGUCCAUCUCACCGAGCGCAUGAACUAUGAACAGGCGGUGCAUAAGCAACGUCUGCAAACGGAGGUGUCCCAGGCCCGCAAGGAGACGACAUUCUUCCAAAACAAUUUGGACAAGAGCGAGUACCUUAAAAAGCAGGCCAAAAAGGCGAAAAAACUUGACCAAGGCACCAAGAAUGAGGCGUAGCAUUAGGAAAAAGAUAUUUUUUAUGUAGAACUGAAUUCAAAUAUACA